UUAAUUCGGCUUUUCAUAUUUUGUUGACGUCACCAGUAACGUGAGAAUACGCCACUUGCUGAUCACCGCACAAUGACGGAAAACGUGACUGUUUCCUCAUAAGUCAAUAGGACUACUGCUGCGAGCGCGACAGGCUUUUGGCAGUUAUUUUCAGGCAUUGAAAAUCCAGUUCGACAGCAUUUUCACGCAGCACUACAGACGCUUGGCAGGCCACAUCUGCCUUUUCAAAGUCAGGAGUGUGCGCAGGCAGUUAAGUAUAUAAGACUGACUGAGUCAAAGGAACUGACUCCACACGAACAAAGACAGGUAGCUGACAGGUGUGUGUGCGCGCGCGCCAGCGCAUGGUUGUGUGUAAAGUUUCACCGUUCAAGCUAUCACAAAAAUUUUCAAGAGGAGAGGACUUUGAGCCUGAAAAGUAUCUUGACAGCUGAUCCGUUCAUAUUUAAUCUGUCUCGAAACCGAACUCAAGAAGUUGCAAGAAAGAUGUGCAGCGGACAGUCGGCGUAUUAGCCGAGAUGGAUUGGACGACAGGGUGUCUAUUUCUUUUUUAAAUAGCGAGGAACAACUCAGACAUGGAAACACAAGAGAGCACGACAACAGAGGUCAUACCGCAGGAUUCGGAGUGCCCCGUGUGCUAUGAGUGUUUCGGGAACACAGAGAGGACGCUGAGCUGUGGACAUGUAUUCUGUCACGACUGCCUGGUCAAAACGUUGGUCAGCGUGAGCAGGGACGGGCAGGUUAUAAAACAGAAUAUUAUAUGUCCCAUCUGCAGACACCUAACUUUCAUCUCCAAACAGAACACCUUCGUUGCGAACCCUUGCAAGGAUGCCGAGAGUGGGCAGAGUCUGGAGGUCCCCGUGUCUCUCCUGGCUGGGACCCAGUCACAUCCUUUGGAGAGCCAGGACUGGGCGUCCACGCGCAAUUCACCGCCUGCGUACGCUGGACUCAGUCGGGUUCUGCAGUAUUUCAGGUGGAUUUCAACGAGAUUGACCCAGCCACAGUUCAAGAGCCGGAACAAUGCAUCGCAGAUUUUCAUCAUCAGUAGUCAAGGCCGACCAAUGGUGGACGAGGACGAAAUUAGCGUGGUGACAACCACUGUUAAUGAGCCGGCCCAGCGACGGCGGCAGCGGAGGAGAACUUGCACGACUGCACGAUGCCUUAUUAUAUUGCUGACAUUAUUUACCGUGCUGACCUUAAUCGUUGCUUCCCUGCCGUGGAUUCUGCUGGGUUAAUUGAAAGAAUGGGCAAGUUUUUUUCUUUACACUGCGCAUUCAUUUAUUUUUAUUUGUUCAUGCACUUGUCACUUGCCAUUAAAUCAUAAACGAUAAUAUGUACUUCAG